ACUCUGUACCUUUUAUCACAUUUCAUAAAAUUGAUUGUGAGAUAUUGCUAAUAGUCAAUAAGUUGUCUGAUCUAAAUUAACACUUACGUUGGGAUUGUGCAUAUGUAACAAAUUUAUUGACAUAAUCUUAUGAUCAGUGAUCAUUAGACUUUAAUGUGUUAUUUUACAAUAUAAGUUAUUCAAAUACCAAUCAGAUCUAUUACCGAUAGCUCCAUUAAUACAGUUUUAUAUAUGAUACUAGUGUAUGUAAGUUCAUAUUAAGUGAGUGAAUAACUUAUUUGUAGUUCUUAUUACUUUCCUAACUCAAUAACUUCGUACACAUUACAUUAUCUUUGUAAUUUCCCAGCUUUUCAUUUGUUUCACAUUAAAAUUUCACUCAAACAAGAUUCUACAUGAUAAUAACAUCCUAUUGGUUUCAUAUUUAGUCUUAACGGAUUCAAUCAAUGGAAGCACUACUUGCCUGUGUAGAUAUUCCUCCAGAUUGUCAUGAUGCUAUACCUCUCUUGAACUUGGAAAAUAAAUCUUUCUCCAAGUUUUUCAAGCGAAUCUUAAAAAGGCUAGAAAAAGGAGAGACUUGUGUUCAAAAGGCGUUGCCUAAAUUAUCAGUUAAUGAUACUGAAGAAGAAUCAGAAUACGUACUUAUUGGGACCGCUCAAGAGGAAAAUUCUAGAAUAUUAUUCGCACGACUUCCAAACUCGUCAGGGAGUAAUGAAGUGUACAAACUUCCAUUUGUUCGUUUCACCGUUCGUAGGACUAAUGAACCUAUAACAAAACAGAACCAGGAUGCCGCAAAUAACAGCAUUGAACCUUAUCUACAGGAUACUUUUAAACGUCUUGAUGAUAAAAUGGAAAAUUUUGGAGCACAAUUGUCUAAAUUGAUAGAAUCUUUAUCACAGAAACCAGCGCCUCGACCUCCAAGGAAAUCGCAAACACCCGCAGUAACUGCUAGUGCAUCAAAGCCUAACUUAACAUCAAAACCUAUAUUAGCUUCACAACUUUCACCUACUUCCACUUCUAAAUCAACACCAGCAUCCAUAAUGAAACCUGGAUCUAUACCAAAAAAUGCAUCCACUCCAAAGUCUAUGAUCAUAAAUCAAGCAAACUCUAUUGUUUCAUCCACUGAAAAUAAACUCAAAUCAACUCCGAUUAAAUCAUUAUCAUAUGGUCAAGUUUUAGAAAGCCAACAUUUAAAUGAAAGUGGGACUAAAAAGAAACAAAAUGAAUCAUCGACACAAGGUCAUAGUCAAAUUGAAAAUCCAAGAUUCGCUUCAAUGAUUGAUAAAGCUAUUGAUCAUGUUUUAGACCGUAUUAAUAAAGGGAAAGAUAUUAAAAUUGGACCGGUAUUCCAAGAGAGAUUAAGUUCUGUAAAUAGAUGCAAUAAUACACUUGAUCAUAUCGAUCUGUCGUCUAAUCGUGUUGACAUUGAUGAUGAUGAUGAUAACAACAACGAUGCCAAUAUCACUACUUAUAACCAUGUUGUAUAUGAUAGAAAUCAACAUAAUCUUAAUAUUAAACCUAAAAAGAAUUUAGUUGCCAUUUCACCAUGUGUAUCAUUUAUGGUGAAACCAGUUCAGAGUAGUGCUGGUAACAACAUCAAGCUGAAUAAUACUAAUAAUAGAAAGGAUCAAUUAUCCACUGAAGAUUAUGAAGAAUUAGAAUCAUUUUUACAAAACGAUUCUGUCAUAAAUCAUGUUCAUUAUUCAACUGAUUAUGUUGUUGUUGAUGACAAUGACCGAAAACAUAAACACAAAAAACGGAAAUAUACAAAUGAUAAUUAG